AAAAAAAUCAAAAGAUUGUUGAUUGAGAAUCAACAUUUAAUGAUCGAUGAUCGAGUCGAUGAUCAUCGUUUGUUUCCAACGAGACAAAAUGGUUCGACACCGAAUGGUCAAGCCACGUUAUAUCUAGUUUAUACGACGUACAUUAGACAUGAAUGGCAUCUCCUCUGCCAACUUGAAUGAGAGCAAUUUAACUUCUUUAGGUUGCUUAAUCGGUAGGAAGUCACAUCAACUAUACAGCUGUGUAACCUGUACAAGACACCAAUACGUGCAUCAUUUUCUUCAUUACAUCGGCUGUAAGAAGUCAUAGGAGAAGAAUUACUAAGAUCUAAGAACGAAGGUACAAAUUGUACACCUGCAGCAAUAGAAGACUUUCCACACGAUCUUUUCGAUGAGAAGCAAAGGCAAGGAGGAGCUGUCGUAGUACACGUAAUCGUUUCGCUUUACCUGUUUAUCGCGUUAGCAGUAGUUUGCGACAAGUUUUUUGUUCCCGCCGUAGAAAAGAUAUGUCACGCACUUUCGAUGUCCAAGGACGUAGCAGGUGCUACUUUUAUGGCUGCAGCAACAUCGGCACCGGAACUGUUCGUAAACGCAAUCGGUACAUUUAUCACCGAAGGUGACAUCGGUGUCGGAACAAUAGUAGGCUCGGCUGUAUUCAAUAUUCUCGCAGUGCCGGCUUGUUGCGGUAUUGGUGCUGGUAUGGUAGUUCCUUUAGACUGGUGGCCAGUUAGCAGAGAUUGUCUUGCCUAUGGUGUUACAGUUGCUAUUUUAAUAUGUAUUAUACACGAUGAGCGAGUAGAAUGGUACGAAGCGUUAACGCUAGUAUUAUUGUACAUCGUAUACAUCGCUGUUAUGUAUUGGGAUAAAUCAUUCCAGCGAUGCACACGAUUUCGUACACAUAACGCUGACCGAUCCUUAUCGGAUGACCAUCGACAUGCGACAGAAGACAGCACAGAAAUUCACAUGGCAAGAUCUGAUAAAUUACAAACGACCGGUGAACAAGUCGAACAUAUAGAUGUACCAUUACAAAAUGGAGGUACAAAAACACAAGAAGAAAAUCCUGAUCCUAAUUAUGAAUACGAAUUAUUGGUAUGGCCAGCAAGAGCUGGAUGGAUAAGAAAAACAGCAUGGAUUAUGACUUGGCCGAUUCAUUUAAUUUUUAUGUGUACAAUACCAGAUUGCGAAAAACCACGAUUUAAAAAUUGGUUUCCAAUAACAUUCCUUAUGUGCAUUAUUUGGAUUGGAUCCUUAAGUUAUGUAGUAGCAUGGAUGAUCACUAUAAUUGGAGACACUUUGAAAAUACCAGAUUCCGUUAUGGGUAUUACUUUUCUCGCUGCUGGUACUAGCGUGCCAGAGGCUGUAUCAAGUGUAAUAGUAGCAAAACAAGGACAUGGUUCAAUGGGUAUUAGCAACUCGAUAGGAUCGAACACUUUCGAUAUAUUGUUGUGUUUGGGUCUACCAUGGCUAAUCAAAUCUUCAUUUUCACCAACACAACCAGGAAAACAUUAUAUCAGUAUAAAUUCUGGUGGGCUUGAAUACAGUGCUAUAUCAUUGUUGUCGACAUUAAUGUUACUUUACAUUGCUUUUGCUUCAAAUAAGUUUCAGCUCGAUAGAAAAGUUGGCCGAGCUUGUUUAUGUAUGUAUGCUGUGUUCCUCAUAUUAGCCUCGUUGAUAGAACUCAAUGUAUUCUUCAGGGUAAAUUUACCCACGUGCCAGAGGACGGUCAAAUGAUCUGAAAUCAAAAGUAGACUUGCUUAAUGAUAUUUGAUACAGUGUUUAGUUGACCUUCGUAUGUUCUCUUGAACUUACGAACAACAUUGUGAAUUGAAGAAUGCUGUUUUACAUUAUAUAAAACUAUUUCUUCUCUCGUCUCAUUUCUCAAGGAGACAGCCUUUUACUUCGAGGCUUCGUUAUUCCAUAUCAUAUUCUUUUCUUUAUAAUCGGUAACCAACUAUACAUAUCUUUUAUCUUGUAAAUUCAUAAUUUCAUUUCCAUCAAUUUUUUGUCCUUUUUGAAACUUUUUUUUCGUUUUUCUUUCGUUUUCUAUUCAUGAUCAUUAUCAUUCGGUUUUCGUAUAUUUUAUCCGUUUUUUUUCAUUGCGAUCAAAAUAUAACAAGCAUUUUAAUCAUCUUCAUCUCUCAAACUCUUUCUCUUGCGCUAUCGUCUAAAUAUUUGAUUUAUUGUGAACAAUAUCAAUUUUUAACGUGAUUAGGAAAUGUAAAUGAAAAAAAGGAAA